CUCUUCUUCGUCCCUCAUCUGCGGUAUUCGUAACUUUCCCCUCUAUUCUCCCAUCGUACCCCCUCCGGCUUACCUCAAUCGAGUGUGAACGCGCACUUCUUCGUGGCCCCGACUUGUAUCCUCCUUCCUAUUAUCACUCAUCUUACGUCGGCGCGCGUGUCUCUCCUGUUGUCAUUGACAAGGUGCAAUCAUCUACUGACACGCGAGAGAGAUACUUCACUCAUACAUUGUUUGAUCAGUCAGCCAACAGCAACGGCAUUACUCACGGUCACAGAGGGGUGCUGAAGCUCUGAGGCAAACGAGAGCCCCGUCGCCGAAACUGUUUGACUCCGUUUCUUGGCGUCCGUUCUAUCCGUUGCCCUCGACACUGCGCGUAUCAGCCAAGUCCCCUUCACGAUUCAGUCGCUGUCACUUGCUGUCACUGUUUGGCGUGCCAGACUGCCACCGUCUACCCCGUCAGAGACUCAACGUGCCCUGUCCCAAGGGGCAAAGCUCAAACAUUAGGCGACCCGGCAUUAAGAAACAGAACCACCAAACGAAGGGAACAAAACGUUAUACCUACUCCAAAACGGUUGUAUCCCACAGAGCACAGACAAUCCCCCAAAGGCCCCAAGGGGACUCUGUCAGAAGACAAAAAAGAAGGGAUCAAAGGGACUGAAAUAGUAACAAGCCGCCGCCAUGCCGGCCCCGUAUUCCGACAACCUGUACUCCGCCGACGACUCCGACUUUGACGAAGUCCCGGACGACAGUCUCGACGCCCACCUGUCGCCUACAGACGGCUACUUCCAAAGCAGCACUUCAUUGUCAGCCGGGGGAAUAUACCCUCCGCAGCAGCAAGAGUCUCAUUUCCACAACAGCGAGGACAACGUCACUGACGCGACGACGUUCCCCACGUCCGCCGCCGUACCGCAUGUGCCCAACGUUCUCGUCCAAGACCCUUCGCUGUUGCAGCGAGAGCAACAAGAGCAAGGCUCCUCGUCGUCAAAGAAGGACCGUGAAGCCAAGGAAGAGACAAGGUUAAACACAUCCUUCCACCAACACCAUCACAACAACGGCGACGACGACAUAGAAGCACAAUCACGUCACUACUCCUCAACACAUAGGAGGACCUCGUCAUCCGUCUCGGCCAUUGACGACUUUUACGACGACGGGGCCUCCUCUACCGCCGCGGACAGCGAGGCGACGCCAUCACACACAACCUACACCUCCAACGUCCACUCCCAUUCCCACUCUCACUCACACUCCCACGCCGCCCAGAGCUCGUCGUCUUAUACACCUUACUCGCCCUCCACAGACGCUCCACUGCGCACGCCCCAGACUCACUCGAGAUACUCCUCCAACAACCCGGCCUCUCUGUUUCGCAUCCCCAGCGAGGCACCACCUGCCUACACGCCAUCGCCCACGUCCCCGCUCUCGUCAUCACCCACAGAGUUUAGAAACUAUCAGACCUUCAACACCAUCUCGAGGACGGCCAACAACAACAACAACAACAACAACAUCAACAUGGGCGCACCUGAAGAAGAGAGGCGCCUGCUUGGCCGCGACCCCGAGAGCAUGGGCGACGUGCCCUAUGAUGACAAUGACGACGAUCAUGACCCUAGACCUCCGCCGUCGUGGAAGGAUAGAGCUCUUAAGAAGUUCCCUUGGGCCUCGAGGCGGACGCUGAAGAUGGUGCUGCUUGCCGCCUUGGUCUUCUUCACCUUGACGGGAUUCCUUAGCAUGUUGGCCUCGACUGUGAUUAAUGCGCCAUCUGAAAAGUCUCCUGCCAAGGAGCCUCCCCAGCAAUAUGACCCCGUCACCGGACUGCCCAUCAAAGACGGAUCUCCCGUGCCAAGUGACCCCUCCAAACCCGCCGAGCCUGGCGAAGCCGUCCCUUGGCGUCCAUCGAGCACAUGCCUCCAGACCGAGCACCGCUUCGAGCCCAAGUUCUUCGACCUCACCUUCGCCGCCGACAAGGACAUCAGCGUCCUCCAGGCCGUCGAGAACGACUCCCCCUCCCGCGGCUACCAGCCCCAGGUCUCGGGCGACUUUGUGAUCCGCCGCCAGCAGGCCGGCCGCCCCGGUCCCUCGAUCGAGCUCGAGGUCGUCUCCAACGACCCGGCCCUGGACGUCUCCGUCGAGUGGAACGCGGAGCAGCAGCUCAUCGUCCGCACCCCGCAGCGCAUCGAAUGGACCCAGUCCCGCCGGCCCUGCAUGACCGUCCGCGCGACCGUCUGGGUCCCCGAGGGCGCCUCCCUCCGCCACGUCCUCCUCAUGGCCAUGAACCUCGACGUCCGCGUCGUCGACGACCUCUCCGUCAACCUCGCGGACGGCCUCGAGAUCGGCACAAUGUCCGGCGACGUCCACUCCCCCGUCGAGGUCCCCGCCACGUACCACCUCAACUCCCGCGACAUCCUCGUAAAGACAAUCUCGGGCGACAUCGUCGGCUCCUGGCCCCUCUACGACUCCCUGAAAAUCAACUCCGAAUCGGGCGACAUCAUCACAAACGUCUCGCCCCAACAGGUCCUCGACGCCCGCCCCCGCCCCGCCGUCCUCGAAGUCGCCACCAUCUCGGGCGACAUCACCGUCAAAGAACCCCUCGCCGCCGCCGCGGAGAGCAGCAAACCCGACACCGUCGUCCCGCCGCGCGACUACAUCACCACCAUCGACACCAAGUCCGGCUCCAUCAAGGCCUGGGUCGCCUUCUCGUCCGCCGCCGUCGCCGAGAGCAUCAGCGGCGACAUCGCCGCCGAGUUCCUCCCCGUCUACAACGUCAGCCUCCUCCAGGCCGUCGCGGAGCCCGAGCUGCACACCAAGACGAAAUCCGGCAACACGGCCGUGAAGAUCCUCGAGCCCAUCUGGGUCGAGAUCCUCGGCACCGAGGGCGCGUACGAGGGUGAGAAGCCGCGCGCGAACCCGGAUGAGCCCGUCGAUAUCCCGACGAACCCGCUGCCCAUCCCCGAUAAGAUCCCGCGCAUGCCGGGCGUGCCGUUUACGCCCAUCGGCGCCGGGCCGUGGAAGCGCAUCCCGCUGCCUGGCGGUCGGCACUUGGACGACGCCUGGCGCGAGGUACGUCGCCACCCCUUUGGUGAUGCCAUCACGGCGUCUUCAGAGCAGGAGCGCGCGGUCUCGAUCAGGGACCAACCCCCCAUGCGUCACCUCAAGUCCUCGCACGGCUCCGUCAGCGGAAGCAUGGAGCUAAAGUACCCUGCCUCCUGGGAGGGUACCGUCGAGGCCGAGAGCAUCAGCGGCAAGAUCAACAUCCUCGGCAAGGACGUCAAAAUCGACAGCCGGACGAAAUGGCCCAAGGCCGUGCACGCGCACAAGGGUCAGGCGUGGAACUGUCAGGUCUCGUUGGGGAGUGUGUCUGGCGAUGAGGUUCUUAUCAUCGGAGAGGAGAAGUAAGCCAGAACAAGGACUUGCUUAUUCUUGGGUAAAGAAAAGGGGUUGUGAUAGAUGUCGUCCCCAUGUAUGCGGGAAAUACGUGGACGAGAUGAUUACGCAAGUAUGCGUGGUCUUGCUAUGCUCUAAGAGCAAAAAGAGGGUGGAGAAAAGGGC